AAGCUGUGCGACUGUGCAUUUGUAUGUAUUUCUUACUUAUUGUCACUAGGUGGCAGUAGUAGGUAUAAACUAACAAUUUAGGUAGCUAUUGAUGUGCCUGAUUCCGGGUGGGGCUUGUGAACGGAAGUGUACUUAAAUUAAUUCAAAUAAUAAGCACACAAGUUUAAUGUAAAAAUAUAAAUAUAUAUAUCCGUGCUUAAACGCGUGGAAUUUUAAAAACGCUAGUCAAUCGUGCUAACUAUCUCGGAACGUUAUGUACUGUCGUUUCAAACAGGCAAGUUUCGGACUUCAUUCUGUUCAAGUGGUCCUUUAAAAUAUUUUUUAAAACUAUAUUUUGUUAAAAUUACGCCUGUUAAAAUUCAACCUCACUGAAAUUACAACUUAUCGAUGUUGCGUGUUAGCGAAGCAGAUUUUUAAUCAGGCUCAUGUCACGGCUACACAAAGGGUCCUACAGAUUCCGGAAGUACACGAUCAUAUACACCAGUUGUUGUUGUUGAUAUUGUAGCAUAGCCACCUAAUGUCGAUAUUUGGACAGUUUUCUGUUAUUUUGAUAUUCACAAGUAAACUAUGUUAUUUUCCCGGAGGAAUUUAAAGCUGACCCUGUUGCUAUCUAGUAUGGAAAUAUUCUGCUCCGUUUUAGCGUUGAUGUAAAUUGGAAUUACUGAGUUAGCAGAAAUUAUAGCAGAGAAAAUGAUUUCUCAGGUGUUUAUUCUGUCAUCAAAAGGCGACCAUCUAAUCUACAAAGACUUCCGUGGUGAAGUUGAAAAAGACUCCAUGAGCACGUUUUAUGAGAUGGUGUCAUCUCUGAGUGGAGAUCAGCCUCCUGUAGUCAUGAGUCGCAAAGGUCUCAACUUUAUUCACAUCCGGCACGCUGGACUUUACUGGGUCGUAUCUACGAAGACGGAUCCAUCUCCGUUCACUGUUGUUGAGUUUCUGAACAGGCUUGUCGCUCUGAUUAAGGAUUACUGCGGCAGCGUGUGUGAGAAAACUGUCCGCAUGAACUUUGCUCUGAUCUACGAGCUCCUGGACGAGAUGGUGGAUUACGGCUACAUCCAGACAACCUCCAUGGACAUCCUGAAGAAUUUUAUUCAGACGGAGCCAGUCGCCUCCAAACCUUUCAGUCUGUUCGACCUCAGCAACGUCGCCCUCUUCGGAGCAGAGACGCAGCAGAGUAAAGUGGCUCCCAGCACCGCUGCCGCCCGACCCAUCAUGACGUCUCACAGUGGAGAGGGAAGUAAGAAUGAGAUCUUUGUGGACGUGGUGGAAAGACUCUCAGUGGUUAUUGGCGCUAAUGGGGUUGUGAUGAAAGCAGACGUGGAGGGAGAGAUCAGAGUCAAGUGCUAUCUUCCCUCAUGUUCAGAGAUGAGGAUUGGCGUGAACGAGGAGUUCAGCAUUGGGAAGUCUCAGCUCAGAGGUUACGGGGCGGCCGUGCGGGUGGAUGAGUGCAGUUUUCACCAGUCCGUGAAGCUCGAUGAGUUUGAUACACACAGGAUUUUAAAAAUUUGCCCCAGCCAAGGAGAGCAAACCCUGAUGCAGUACCAGCUGAGUGACGAGCUGCCAUGUCCUCCUCCGUUCCGUCUCUUCCCCACUGUAGAAAAGGAUUAUGGGAGCAGGUUGUUGAUUUUCCUCAAGCUGCGCUGUGAUUUGCCGCCUAAAAGCUCUGCUAUAAAUGUUUCAGUGACAGUUCCUGUGCCCAAGGGUUCUCUAAGUCUCUCUCAGGAGUUGAGUAGUCCUGACCAGACCGCCGAGCUUCGGCCCAAACACAAAUCCGUCAUGUGGGAAAUCCCACGAUUCCCAGGAGGAGCUCAGCUCUCGGCUCUCUUUAAGGUGGAAGUCCCUGGUCUUAGCUCCGCCUCUCUCCAGGAGGUGGGGCCUGUCAGCAUGAGCUUCGAGCUUCCCAAGCACACGUGUACAGGGCUGCAGCUCCGAUUCGUGCGUCUCUCUCCAAACCAGCAGGCUCCGUCUCAUCGCUGGGUCCGCUACGUCACACACUCUGAGUCCUACACCAUACGCAUCUGAUGAACAUACACCUACAUACACACACACCUAAGGGUGUUUCAGUAUUUCAGUAUUUUAUUAUAUAUUGAUUCCACUCUAAAGAUUUACUCUUUAGAGAAUACUCUAAAGAUUUGUGAUGCUGAGUUUUUUAUAUAUAUAUAUGUGUGUGUGUGUAUAUGUAUAUGUGUAUAUAUAUGUCUGUGUGUGUACAUAUAUAUGUACAUCUUUUUUAUUUAAUUAUUAUUAUUUUGUAUUGCUCUUUGUGAUUUUCUUUGUAAACCAUCCACAUUCAAGCUUUGUAAAGGUGCUGUAUAAAUUAAACAAAUUAUUAUUGUUG